UCUUGCCACAUUGUGAUGUGGAAUGACAGCGGUGACAGGAAUGUGUCCAACAGUGCAGCUGCAGCAGGACUUUACCCUCAGACAGGGCCUAUAAAACCCGGGGCCCGGCCCCCGGUGCAGAACACACCGACCCGACACCCAAGCAGAAGCCGGCUGCCUCUGAAAGCACAGACACCAAACAUGAAGAUCCUCGUGGUUCUGGUUCUUUUCUCCGCCUGCAACGCCAACAUCCUGUGGCAGGAGCCUCCCAAGACCAACCUGGAGGUGGUGAAGGCGGCGUUCUGGGACUACGUGGCCAAGGCCACGCAGACCGCCGAGGACUCCCUCAGGCAGAUCCGAGAGUCCGAGCUCGGCCAGGAAGUCAAUGCGAAGAUCUCCCAGAGCGCCAACACCGUGAACCAGUACGUCGCGUCGCUGCGCACCCAGGCCGCUCCGCUCACCCAGGACUUCAUCGCCCGCUUCUCCCAGGAGGCCGAGCAGCUGAAGGCCCGUCUGGACACCGACCUGGCGGCUCUGGACGCCAACAUCAGGCCCUACGGCGAGCAGCUGGUGGCCAAGCUCCAGAACCAGGUGGAGGAGCUGAAGAAGGAGGCGGCCCCCUACGCCGAGGCCGUGGACCCCGAGGCCCUGAAGGCCGUCCUGCUGCAGAAGAGCCAGGAGCUGAAGGGCCAGCUGGAGAGCAGCGUGGCCCAGCUGCAGGCCCAGAUGGUGCCCUACACCGACGAGGCGAGGCAGAAGAUGGAGCAGAGCCUGGAGGAGUUCCAGAGGAGCGUCAUCCCCUUGGCUCAGAGCUUUGAGACCCAGGUGGCCCAGAAGACCCAGGAGAUCCAGCAGAGCCUGGUUCCGUACGGAGAGGGGCUGAAGGCCCAGCUGGACAGCAGUGCUCAGGACCUGCAGGCCCAGCUGAGCGCCCUGUGGGACUCCUUCACCCAGAAGACCCAGUAAACGGACUCGUGUUUGCCUCAUGUCCACCUUCAUCUUCUAAUGUUCUCCUGUCUGAACGCUCGUAGUUCAGUUAUUUAAAUUGUGCCUAAAUAAAUAAUUUAAUACAG